UUUGGUCAGUGCUACUUUCCGUAAUCUAACACCCUACAUCACACAUAACAAGUAUGGCGGCGUCCCCUUGAGCUGCAGCUGUCCGGUGUGUUAUAAAAACUGUCUAUGGUUAUAAUACAUUCAUGGUUGGGAGAAAAUAACGAUUUCUGAACAUUUCGUAUCCUAGUUCUCUGGUCUAACAGGUUCGGGAGGAUCAAAGCCAUUUUUUAUCGCCGUGGAAAAUGGGUUUACAGCGAUUGCUAUGCGGGACGCUGGAGUGUUACUCCAAACAGUUUCGACUCGUUGACGUUCGGCAAGAAGUCAGGGUCUUUCAAAAAGCGCCGAUGUCCGUACAGACUUCACCGAGCACGUCCGACAUUGUUAACCGGGUUGCGUGUGUAGCAGGUCUGUGUAGCAGGAUUUUCGUCCAAACAAGCCGCCGCGGUGCCGCUAAUAACGGACCGCUGUCUGCCCGCCGCGGCCUUUGCACCUCCGCCCAGCCCUCCAGGGACGUCGUCCUGUUCGAGCACGACAGAACCCGCUUCUUUCGGCUCCUCUCGGUGUUCUGCGGCGGCCAGUUCCUCUUCUGGACAUACCUGGGCCACUUCGCUUACACUGGGCUCCGAGACACAGGUGGCGCUACAAAGAAAGGGAAAGCCGAAGCGUCCUCCGCCGCCGCCACCACCACCACCACCACCGGGCUGGCUGGGAUGUGGAGUUUUGAGCUGAACCUGGGGUCAAACACCUGGAGGUACGGCUUUACGCUGGGAUGCCUCGCAAUAGGAGCGGGGAUUGUCGGGCUCGGGCUCUUGUUCUGCAGGCGCUCCGUCAGCCAGGUGGUGUUACACCAAGGUGGGAGGAUGGUGACUGUUUCCACGCAAUCACCUUUGGGACCAGGCCGAGGCCGGAGAAUAACUGUCCCACUGUCCCAGGUAGCCUGUCACGCUCACAGACACGAGUCCCCCUCAUUCAUCCCCCUCAGGGUCAAAGGACACAAGUUUUAUUUUCUUCUGGACAAAGAGGGGACCGUGAACAACGCUAGGCUGUUUGACAUCACUGUUGGGGCUUACCGGCCACUGUAAGUUCUUAUGGUUAUUAUUACAUUGUUGCCAAAACUGUGUUGGACACCAAACCCCAAUGGAACUGGUCCACAGAAAGUGAUUUGACGUGGCUGCCGAACAAAUAUCUCAAUUUCUGUUUGAUUCUCUCACUUCAGUUAAAUAAAAUGUGAGAUCAAAUAUGGACUCAUUUGGAAUAAUUUAUGCCUAGUAUCAAACAUGGCAUGCCCGUAUUGUUGACACUGUCUGAAUGAAAUACUUUUAGAGAGGGGCUUCAAAAUAUAUUUGUGAGAUGCAUUUAAAAUAAUUUCAUAUUUAAAAACACUUACAGUAGAUUUAGUUAUUUGAAAUGUAAUUAUUUAAGUAACAGAAAACCGUUGCCACAGUUAAAAAUGCUCUGAAAUUAAACUGAUUAAUGUCUUUUAAGUUUUCUGAAUGUCUGUACUUGUGUGCAUAUACAUACUGUGAUCUGCUCCAUGAGAACAACAUUGGUGGCCUCCGUUUCAUGCAGGAGGCUGUUCAUAUGUUCCAUACUGCGCGUGGCUGUGCUCAACUUUUGACUUAGCUCUUCUUUGGUAGGCUCCACUGUCCACACAAAUGGCUCUAGAGACCGAACCAGAGACACGCAAAAGUUAAAGAUCACGUUUUUAGAAAGUCAUGAGCACAAAGAUGGCAACAGGAUAUAGUGACCAACUUUUGUCUUUGAUUGCCAUGUUUAGGUCAGAGAUUGAAUAUGCAACUUGUGAGACAGAUUAAGUACUGUACACAUUGCUGCUUUUAUAAACUGAAUAAAUGUUACAAGGUGCA